GAGAACUUAUUGAUACCUAUUGCGAGCGCAACAGUACACAAUUUAACUCGUUGAAUAAACGCAAAUCUAUUUCGCUAUUAAAUCUAUUUUUUUGGGUGAAAAACGAUUUUUCGAGAAAGUUUUCCCUUGGCGGAAUAAAAAUUGUGGGUUUUUUUGUGUUCAAGUAAAGGAAAAACUUAGUGAAACAAAUGAAGAUGGGUGUUCAAGACAAUGGUACGAUGUUGGUUCAAGUGGAUUUUGAAGUUUUUGGACAUGUUCAAGGUUGUUCAUUCACGAAAUGUGCACGCGAAAAAGCGGACGAGCUCGGCAUUACGGGUUGGGUGAAAAACUCCAAAGCUGGCACUAUUAUGGGAAAAAUGCAAGGCACCAAAGCCAAUGUUGACAAAAUGAAUGCGUGGUUGCGGCACGAAGGAUCGCCCGGUUGUCGAAUCGAAAAAUUGGAACUGACCAAUCUCAAGAAUUUAUCACGAUACGACUACAAAGAUUUUGCGAUUCGUUUUUAAGCAAUAUUACCGUUCCUCUCCGUCCC